AUGCAGAUUUUCGUCAAGACCCUUACGGGCAAAACCAUCACGCUCGACGUGGAGCCGUCGGACAGCAUUGACAAUGUCAAGCAGAAAAUCCAGGACAAGGAAGGCAUCCCGCCUGACCAGCAGCGUCUGAUCUUCGCCGGCAAGCAGCUCGAGGAUGGCCGCACUCUGUCGGACUACAACAUCCAGAAGGAGUCGACCCUGCACCUGGUGUUGCGUCUGCGUGGUGGUGGCAAGAAGCGUAAGAAAAAACAGUACACCAAGCCUAAGAAGAUCAAACACAAGCACCGCAAGGUCAAACUUGCUGUGCUGAAGUACUACAAGGUGGACGACAAUGGCAAGAUCCAGCGCCUUAAGAAGGAGUGCCCUGCGCCUCAGUGCGGUGCCGGUGUGUUCAUGGCCACCCACUUUGACCGUCACUACUGCGGCAAGUGCCACGUGACGUACCAGUUCCAGGGCGAGGACAGCGCUUAA